CUGGGGAGUUGUAUUACCUCCGCCUGCUCCUUCUCCACGUGCGCGGUAGCGAAGCCACUUCGUGGGACUCGCUGGCCCGGUCAGGCAGCGGUGACGGGCCUCCGUCUUUCCAAGCACACGCACGCGAGCUCGGGCUCCUGGCGGACGAUGUGGAAGCCAUCGCCGCCCUGACGGAGGCGUGCCGGAUUGUACGUAGCAUGUCGCGCAUAUGUGAGAUGUUCGCCCAGUUCCUCGUGUGGAUGGACGUCAACAACAAGUCCGAUUUCUGGACGACGUUUCUACAGUUAUUAUCAGAACAUCACUGCGCUGUAGACCCGUCCGUCGUGUACCGCGCUGUCGACGAGCAUUUGGUAGUGUACGGCUGCACGACGCAGGCCUUCGCCAUACCGCCCCCGUCACCCACGGCGACCCUCCUGCCAGAGGAGCGCGCGGCCCAAGAGUACAGCCGGGAAUUGCGCAGUCCCGCAGAAAUGUGCAAAGAGAAAGACCAGUUCGACAAAUUGAGUCUGAAUGGCGACCAGCAGCCCAUAUUCGAUUUCGUGCAAGCAAAAGUAGAUGGCACUGCGUCGCCAGAAACUGCAAACGUAGUCUACAUUGACGGCCCUGCUGGAACCGGGAAAACCCACGUGUAUCGCAAAAUCCUCCAUUACGUCCGCAUGACCAGCCGAAUCGCGUUGGCAGUCGCCAUGUCUGGCAUUGCGGCUCUGCUGCUCCCCGGUCCUUAA